AUGGAUGCGCAGUAUCCGUUUGCCUCGCGAGACGACCUGUGGCGCGUCUUUGACGAGUUGAAGGAGCUACAUCUUGCGCAAUACUCUCAAGGAGAGAGGAUUGCGAGGCUGGAGAGACGCCGUGACGAGGAUGCGAGACUGAAGAAUGUCUGGGGCGCUCCUCUAUCGCCGUUUCCUACCCCCAUUGGCAGCUCGAUUCAGACAGAAACUACCUUCAACUCCCCUCCUGAGCCGUUCAAAGGCUUCGAUCAGGGUCAGCAUCAGGCUACGACUAGCUCUGCGGGUGGCCUUGACGGCGAGGAGGAGCCGCGUCGGGGAGCUUCGCGGGCCAACAGCGUUCGCUUUGAUGAGAGCGCGAUCCAUGGAUACUAUGGGCAGGCGAAUCGGUCCAGUACCGAGCUCCCGCUGCGAACUGGCAGUGGCAUGGGAAGCCAUCCGCUGACCGAGCGGUCUCUCUCUCACAGAUCAGACGGCCGGCAGAGCUCCCCCGGGGUUUCACUGCACUCUGCGCGGACUAACAGCCUAGGCCUAGACACUAGCAGCCGGGUUAUGAGCUCAUCGCUUGGCGAAUCGCCGUUGACCCCACCCCCGGGGUUGUUCUUGCUUGGCCCCGUUCCUUGUAUCAUCCGGUGCUGGCUGACAACCGACUACUCGAAUGACUCCCUGUUAUACGCAGCGGUCUGCUCGGGCUCAUUCACCUCGUCUCUUGGCUCAUGCAUGGUUCGCAAGCUUGGACUGGAGGGCGAGGUGGAUCACGAUGAAGAUGGUCGUCCAUCCAUUAAGCUGGCCCUGUAUCUCCCUGAAGCCAGCGUUCAUCAGUCCUCAUCUCGCUCUAGCAGUCCCAUGCCCCAGCUUCCCUCCCUGACAAUUCGGUUCUACGUGCGAGAGACGGAUCACGCGGACGAGUCUAUCCAGAUUAUCUUGGGAAGCGACGUGCUGCGAUCUCACAAUGCCGAUGUCCUGUUCUCUCAGGAUAAGAUCAUCAUGGUUGAUGACGAUCACCACCGUGUUUCCGUCCCACUUGUGCGCCCCGAGAAGGACUGGGUCUUCAAGUUCCUGCAUACCGCCCCCGAUACCUCUCAUCCCGAAUUCCGUCAGAGCUCCCUCGUCAAUGGACACCCUCCCGGUGGUGUGGUCGGCCGGCCUACGCAGAUUCCACAGUCAACCUCGGCGCCUGCCUCUACCCGCGUCUCUAUCGGUGAAGCUGACGACACGAAGAAGCCGCAGCUGCAGGAUACCAGCACUAGCUCUGAGGAUGGCGAGACUCCCUCGAACGUGACCGCGGCUGCUUUGUCCUCGUCCAAGCCUGAAGCUGCUGGCAUCUGGAAGUCCUGGCGUCGUGAACCCAAGCCUGAACCAAGCCACGAGAACAAUUCCAAAGCUCGCCCCAUGACUGUGCUAAAGCCCACCAAGCCCGCAACCCGUGGGAGCUCAGCCGUGGCGACCCCAACCAGCAAUACUGCCGAGAACGUCCAGCUUACGGCUCGCUCGUCCUCCGAUGGAUCGACCCAGUCGUCGGCUCCCAAUCCAAUCGGUGGUGCUUCGGCAUUUGGGUGGCUCAAUGCAGCCAGCCGUGCCACUGCCAACGCCAAGUGA